GACGCAUUCCUGAUCAAUGUUGGAUUUUUAAAUCUUUGUAAAUCUUCGAGUUAAAGUUUUUAUAAUUAUCUUGAAUAUAAUGUAAUUAUGAAAAACUUUUAGUUGAGUAAUUACUAUAUAUUUUAUAGUUAUUUUUCAGUGUCAUCUUCUCAAUAUUAAUAGCUUUCAUAAGGAAUGUUUUGUCACGAUAUUUUGUCAUUUCACUGCAAAAUACAAACAUUUUCUGAAAGAGCAAUUGAUCAGGGAUGUUUUAUAUACAUCACAGACUUUUCUGUAAUUACUUUGUAACUAAGAGAGAGAGAGAGAGAGAGAGGGGAGAGAGGGGAAGAAAAAGAGAGAGAGAGAGAGAGAGAGAAGACAUGUCUUUCUAAUUUAUAUUUAUUUGUUUCAAAUUUGCUCAAGGCAAUCUAUGUCAUAUUAAGACAAAUGUCAUCAGCAAAUUCAUAUUAUCCUUUGCACGAUUAUUCACCACAGAUUUGUCAAAUGCUCGCAAGAGAGGCUUCAAAACGAUUUUCUUCGUUGUCGUGCCACUGUGAGUAGAGUCGUUGUAAAUUCUAGGGCACUUAGUGUCGAACAUUCCACACGAAUCGCGAAAGUCUCUGACAAAUAGUAGAACAAAAUCAAACGGCCGGACUACUAAUGUGCGGAGUUCUCCCGAAUAAUAGUGAGAGGCUGUUUAAAGAUGGAUGUUGCUCUAUUGACGCAGAACCUCACUGGAGGAAAAGAGAAAAAAAGAGGGAGAGAAAGAGAGAGAGAGAGAGAGAGAGAGAGAGAGAGAGAGAGAGAGACGAGACGAGCGUACCAUUGUACGCGUACUUAUUUAUAGUAGCGUUCAAGUUUUUAUGCUCCGUCUUGAACAUUUCAAAGCGCUUCACCGUGAGUGGUCAGAGAAGAAAUGUUGAAUUCUGGGCAUAUUGUGUAAAUAUACGUAUAUACUGAGCGACGAUUAAUAAUGAUGAUUAUAAUUGGUGAAACGAUUAAUACGUAUGUAUGUUAUAUGGAUGCGCGAUUAUGCAAGAGUGUACGUGAGUGUGCGGAAAUGUGCGUCAGAUCGCAAAGCGAAUAAUAGCGACUAUUAGUGUCAUAAUGCUACUCUCUACGAGGCAUAAUUCUGAAUUUUCAUGGUCGUAAGUCCUUAUUGAAGUCCUCCAUUAUUUAGCAACUGCGACGCGUACUUGUUGUUUUUGUUGUUAUACUCACAACGAACCGCGAAAACGAAUGUGUUGUCCGCGUCUCUUUAUGAGAAUUGUAAUACAUUAGUUGCUGACAAAAUAUCAAAGGUACUCAGAUCCUCCUGCACUUCGAUUAUCUGUAGUGAAAUUUUGCUUUUACUUUCCUAGAUAUUUCCUUGAUUACAUUCACUUAGUAUUUAUGAAUACCUAAGAGUAUUGAGAAUUUUUUAGAGUUUUGGGGUUUGAGAUUCUGGAAUGUUUUCAACUAAGUCUAAUUAGAAGCUUCCAUUUUCCAGAUUUAUGAUUUCUGUAGUGUGCUUUCAAAAAACUGAAUAUUUUAAUCGAUCAAUCACACAUCAGAUCAACCUGUUUUAUUCUUAUCUUCAUAGAUUUAUUGUUUUUUUCAGCUAGAUCUAGUUUUUUGUGUUUGAUUUUUAAAUUGUUUAACUUUUUAGAUUAUCAAAUUCUGGAUCCUCGUUUAUUUCCAUUUUUUUAUGUUUUUUAAAGAACAGAUUUCGCAAAACCGACUGAUUUAUCAUAAGUUUUGUAGCCCAUUUUCGAAUUACUUGAUCACGUAAUUUCGAGGAACGCUUCAUACACGAUCUAACUAAUUACAAAAUAUACGUGAUUAGCAAAAUGUCUUAAAAUUUAUUAUAUGCAGGUACUUUAAUAUAAUUAGCAACUAUAAUUAUAUCAUAAAAUAACUGUGCAACAACACAUACUGAACCGACAUUUGUUGAUAAAUGUUUACUAAAUAACGAUACAGCUGUCAUGUUGCAUGAUUCUUUUUUGGUAAUGAUAAUGAAUUUACAAAGUUUGUAGAAACAAAGGAAUGUUCCUUAAAAUCUGAUGAUUUGUAAAUACAUAGUGUGACUAAAUUAAUUACUAAUAAUUAAUGUAUUUGAAUUUGUAUUACAAACAUUUCGUAAGAGGGCUUUGUAAGAGUGCGUUAAUAACGUUUCUUUCUCUUUUAACGUUUUUUUUCUCAAGAAAUAUUGCCGCACCUUUUUUUGCUUAGAUCGUGUAUGAUUUGAAUUGUAUAUAUGUCCCCCAUUGAUUUAAGAUUGUUGCUCAUAAAUGGAAUGAUAAUUAGAAUGACGAAGGAAUGAUUUGAAGAUGAUGGUGAUGAUGAUAAUGACAUUGACGAGGAUAAUGAUGACAAUGAUAAUGAAGAUGUUAAUGCGAAACGGCAGCUUUUUAAUAUGUCUACGAAAAAUACUGUCAACAAAUACUCUUGAACGUUUUAAUUAAAAGUAAUUCAUACAAUAGAUAAAACUGGAGUUUCGUUAUUUUUCGACCUGAAUAUUUAACGUGUAGCACACAUUUGUAAUGUUUAGUUAUAAUAAAAUUCAUAUUUGCUUUGUGUAGUUGCCUAGAUACACUUGUUUGAUCAAUAUAGCGUUUAUAGAGCGAACAGAAAAGGGAAUUGUAUAUCGAAUCACAUAUAUUAUCCAUCAAAAUUUAAAAUCAGUCAUGCCGGCAAUAAUUAUCAAGGAUUACCAAUGGCGCCAGACAGAAAAGAAGAUAAUAAUUCACAUGUCUCUAAAAAGACGACCCAAAAAUGUGAAUUUAUUCGUUAUCGACAAUUAUGUAAAGAUUAGUUCCCCUCCCUUUAUCUUGGAGUUAUUUUUAUGGGAAAAUGUGCUCGAACAAGAGAGUGAAUGCGUUUUUACGGAUAACGGAGCAAUUUUUUCUUUACAAAAAGCAAACAUAGCUCGUGUUUGGCCGUGUCUCGAACUGGAAAAUCUCAGCAAAGAAGAAAAACGUGAUUUUAGAAGUAAAAUUUUAGAAAAAGCACAAAACAUUGCAGAGAGUCGUGCAAAAUCUAAAAGCGAGAAACGUCAAUAUCUCCAAAAAGAAGCAGUUAAAGCGCAGAUUAAUUUGGAUACUCGAACGUUAAAUAAAAUAGAAUUCUUAAAAAAUUCUCAUCGGAAAGCUGCGAUGCAGGAAUUUGAAGACUGGCGAUGUAAUGCAGAAAUACCAAUUCUGCAGAAUAUUCCUGGCAAAGUGCAAAAGAAUAGAAAAAAAUAUAGUCCACCACUUCGGUGGUUUAAAGAUGAUUUCGAUACUGUGCGAUUUGUAGAAGUAAAUGAAAAAGAAGAAACGAAAGAAGAAAUAAAUAUGGUAGAGAAACAGCGAGGCGAACCUAUUAUUAUAGAAGAAUUGAAAGAAAAACUAAUUAUUGAAGAAGGUACGAGCAAAGAAUCAAUUGCUAAAGAAUGUCUAAAAAGAAAUUCACUUAUGAAAAAAGAAAUAAUUUCGAGUGAAAAUUUAAAAAAAGAAACAGAUAACAUACAAAUGAAAAAAUCAACAACUUUAAGCGAAAAUUUUAAUUUUGACGAGAGUUCUAACGAUUGUAAAAUAACGACUUUCAAAUCUUCGCCAACAAUGCCUUUAGUCAAGGAAAUGGACAAAAAGUCUUUGCAAAAAUUCUACGUAAGAACGAAAAAACAAAGACCAGGUCAUGAUUUAAUCGACAAGAUAUUGCAAAGUCAAUAUUUCAACACGAACCACAUAUUUCACGAACCAUCCAAGGCAACUCCACUUCCUAGAAAAAGUGGAAUCAUUAACGUAACUUUUUCUGAAAGAGCUUUUCCUACUCCGGCCAGAGAGAGUUCUCACAUUGAAGAACAAGAGUGGCUUGCUAAGCAAGCAGAAGCUAGAAGAAAGACUGGAUUUGUUAUAGAAGAUCUCCGUCCUGAAGAACAAGAUCCUCAGUGGUUGAAAGAUAAGGGAGAUGAUUUUUUCAAAGUGGGAAAUUACUUAGCUGCUAUUAACGCGUACACGUAUGGAAUUAAGAUCAGUAAUAAAAUGACUGCACUCUACGUGAAUAGAUCCGCUGCACAUUAUGCUCUUGGAAAUUAUUAUAGAUGUAUCGAUGACUGUUCCACGGUAUUGGAAUUGAUGGAACCAAAAUGCGAGCGUAACAGAAUAUCGCGAGCAAAAUGUCACGCUCGUCGGGGUGCAGCUCUUUGCAAAUUAUCUGCACCGCAACAUGGAAUCCCCGAACUGGAAACUGCCUUAAAAUUAGACCCAAAUAAUGAAAGUAUUAAAUACGAUCUUCGUGCUGCUAGACAAUAUUUUAACAUAAAAGAAUGAUAAAGGCUAGAUUUUGAUAUUUCAAGACUUUCUCAGUAGAAAUCAUUAAUUUAUUUAUUUAUAUUAUCGAUAUAUAAGACA